AUGAAGUACUUACAAAUAAGAGGACAAGGUUAUGAUGGGGCUAGCAAUAUGCGAGGGGAAUUCAAUGGUUUGAAAGCUUUGAUAUUACAAGAGAAUGACAUAGCUUUUUAUGUACAUUGCUUUGCACACCAACUUCAAUUGGUGGUUGUAGCUGUAGCAAAGAAGCAUGAUGGUGUUAGUGACUUUUUUGAGCAAAUUUCGUUGGUGGUUAAUGUUGUUUGUGCCUCGUGUAAAAGAAAAGACUUGCUACGGGAACAAGCAAGACAAAGGGUGCAAAAAGGCUUAUGUAGAGUUGAACUUGAAACGGAAAGAGGAUUAAAUCAAGAGACUACACUUGUUCGGGCGGGAGAUACAAGAUGGGGUUCACAUUUCAACACACUCACAAGUCUGAUGAAGUUGUUUGCGGAUGUUCUUGUGGUUUUAGAAUUUGUGAAAGUGGAUGGAGGGUCAUUGGCAAACCGCCAACAAGCGUUCGGAAUUUUUACAUAUUUUCAAUCUUAUGAGUUCGUGUUUUACUUAUAUAUGAUGUAUGAAAUUUUAAACCUCACGGGUACAUUAUCAAAGCAACUUCAAAAAAAGAUUUAG